AUGGCAAUAAAAUGCCGUGAAUUGCUGUUACAGCAUUUCAAGCCGCUGGGUGUUACAGACACACAAAAUGACUGUAUGGAACAUGUAGAUCCAAUAGAAAAGUUAACAGUGAGGGGCACAUGUGCCACACCGUUACGUAUUGGUCUGAAAAUGAAGUCGAAUGCACCCCCAUCCAAUUCGGAGCGUAACCUGUUGUACUCUUACCAGGUGACCAAGCAGUUUGAAGGCUACCUUACAAGUGAAGAUUCGAAUAUUAUACAGGAUUCGUUGUCUUACAUAGAAAUCGCAUGUAGCUCUGCGACACCCCUUGAAUAUGCGCUAGGGAUAUGUCACGCGACAUCUGUCGACUAUGUUUGUCAUCUCUCACCGCCACUAUUGAACGGAACACCAGGUGAACUGGAAACGGAAGUAGUUCCCGCUAUGUUGAAUAAAACGAUACUGCUAUGCCAUACAAAUGGAUGCACCCCGGAAGCUAUAAAAAUGCUACACUCCAGCAUGCUCUCACUACUGGGAAACAAAAAAGCUAUUAACAUGCUCUCUCCGACCGCAUUUGCUACGCUUAUUGGCGUCCUGGAUCGGGUGGAGAAUAUACACGCUGAGAAGGUAUUAGAUGUAAUGAUUGAAUGCUCUGUAGAACGCAUGAGUUCAGCAACGGAGGAUGCAUCCACUGUUCGCCUCCACUGCAACAACUCAUUACAGUUGCUGAGUGUUUGUGUCAAGAAGAGCCACGUAGAUGCUAUACGUCUGGCAAAGUGUAUAUGUGUGAAUGCUCAACACCUGGACACGGAACGGGUGCCGCAGUUCCUGCUCCUGUUAACAAAGAUGGGGUUUAGAGACGGCGGAUACAUGUCGAUAUUGGAACGCAUCGCCGAAAAAGCAAUGACCAUGAAUUCCGAUGCGGCGCGUGUUCUCAAACUUGAAGUGAGUUAG